GCAGCAGACGACAGCGCGUGUUCUGAUUAAUGACAGUAUGCGAUUCUCUCGGCGUGGAAAAGGAUACAUGAUACAUGCUUCGUGACAACUUACAGGGGAGAGAGAACUUCCAAUGUCGUGCUUGCAGUCAACAGCGAGGGAGGCUCUUCUCAGAGGCAGCGAGCGAUUUUCUAAGUCGGACUUCACGAUGAAGGCUUCACUCUGAGGGGCGGUAUCUAUUGAUGCAAAAAUAUCAACCAUGGGCGGAUAAUGACGGUUCUAGCUUGUGUGAGGACCCGGUGCACCGAUAACCAGGAACUUGAGUCUAAGAGUUGCAGUCAGAAGAAUUCGCGCGGAAAGGACAACGUGAUGUGAAGAAGAAAUACGACUCAAUUUUGUGAAGGUUUAUGAUAAACGGCCAUGGAAGAGGAAGGGGAGUUUCAUGUUGCUUUUGUGGUCGUAGCAUCAAUACUAUUAAUAUCAGAAUUUGUUUUAGGACUUACGUUUAAUAUCAUCGUACUUGUUAUCAGUCUGAAAUCUUUGAAAAAUACUGACGAACGCGGUAACACGUUCAUAUCGAAUCUGAACGUCGUCGAUGUGGUGAUAUGUCUGACGGCUGUUCCGAUGACUUUGACAAUGGUUCUGACGUCCCGCUUCAAGGGUGCUUUGUUUUGUUUCUUCAUGGAGGGUAUAAUAUCACUGGUGUGUGUGGCAAGCUCCAUGACAUUGUUGAUGAUUUGUCUAGACCGCUAUUAUGCUGUCGUGACGCCCACCAAACGACAGGUCUUCACAACGAAAGUCACCAUUGUCAUUGCCCUCAUAUGGAGUCUGGCGCUGUUUGCAUUCUGUACGCCCUUUAUCGGCUUUGACCAAUCGACGAUUAAUAGUCUGAGCACAAAUAAGUCUUUAAGCUGCAACCAACUGAUGUCCUCCUUAGGGCCCUAUUAUUUCUACGAAUUGUUCUACGUAUUAACUUUUGCCAUCACAACCAUCGGCAUGAUUAUGUUUUUCGUCGCCAUCUUGCGCGUCGCUCGGAAACGCGUUGCAAUUCAGGCUGCCAUUGUUGUUGUAUCGUUAUCAAGCCAGGGUCAGUCUAGACGGGAAUUGGCGCGUGAUCAAGAACGGAAAUUACUACGCCUUUCACUGGUGGUUGUCGUGACGUUCAUGUGCUUAUGGGGUCCUCACGUGGCCGUCACUGUGCUUGAGAUGGUCUUAGAAGGGAACUUAUGUUUGGAAACUGCCCAGUUGUGUUGUCAAGUGGUUGCAUACUCGACCACCAUCGCCCAUCCUCUGCUUUACGCCUUCAUGCGUAAGAAGGUGAGAAAGGCGUUGCUUCAGAAGUUGACGCGGGAGACCACCAUCGUCCCAAGUACGGGUUCCGCUGUGAACCAUAACCCAAGGGAUAAACAUUCCCAGUGACGAACCUUGAUGUAAUUUGUUUAUUGUGGUUAUUUGUCAAUAUUGAUAUUUUCAUGGUCUGAGAUAUGCCUUCAGGAAAUCAGUAUCUUGAAUUAUGGUCCCAAAGAGUUCAAAUUCCGUCAGAUGCCAACCGUUGUAGUGCCCUUCCGUGUAUGUAUGUACAUAAUUGUUUAUAUACUGAAAUCUUUUUUAAGGGUAAAGAUAUUGACUACGUAUAUCUGAUCUUGAAUAAAUUCAAAACUCAGUAGGUUUUCACAAAGUAAUGACUUCACAGUUAUUGUUGGAGUCUAUAAAUAUAUGCCAUUUGUGUUACAAUGACACAAUAAUGUGGGUACCAGAAAAAACUGCUUACUAAUAUAUAGCAUUUGGUUAAUCAUUUUGUAUCCACAGUUAAUUAUUAAGAAUCUAAUUUCACUUUCGUUGGUGUGCCAAUAUUCUGUAGUUUUGAUCUUCAGAGAUUCCAUUCCAGCAAGACAGCGUUCCCGGAGGUGCUUAGCCGAUGGAUGUAUUAGACCCAUUGUCUGUCAUUGAUGAAUCCAUUUCUGUUGUACUUUUUUAUAUCGAAUAAAUGUUG